CACAGAGGUCAUUGGGGUCAUCAUGGCUUCAGUGAGUACGCACUGAGUCUUAUUAAUUGAGCAAAGACCGUAUUAUCUAACACUACAGAAUGUCAGAAAAACGAGAAAAACAUUGGUAUCUGUCGUUGAUGGCACCCAAUGUCAAAGGGCAAGGAUAUUCGUGGAUUGAUCCGUCAAGGAUGUAUGUUAACACCGAGGCUUUUCAAGAAUGCGUUCGUGAUUUGGUAGCUGCAUUUGACCCUGAUGAAAUAGACUUAGUUGCUGGGAUAGACCCGUUUGGUACAACGUUAGCUUCUGCGAUCGCAUUUCACCUCAAAAAAGGCUAUCUAUCUGUUCGUCAGAAAGGCGUUUUCUGUGUGGAAACAGUGUCAGCUGGAUAUAAAGACUGGAAAGGGUCUGAACUGACAGUUGAGAUAAGAAAGGACGCUUUUGCUGAAGGUACACGAGUUCUCGUGGUUGACCAGUGGAUUGAGUCUGGCGGUACUAUGUAUGCUACUAUAGAUAUUAUCGAGAAACUCAAAGGAAUAGUUGCAGGUAUUGCAGUAAUCUGCAUAGAAGAUACAGAGAAUAGUAAAGCACUGAAAGAAAAAUAUAAAUGUUCUCAUUUGAUACCACCACAGUUACAAAAACAAUUCAAUAAACAUCAGUUAGAUAGUUUCAAACUUUUUGAAGAAGGUAGAUCAGGUCUUGCAUACCAAGCCAAACAUGAAGACCGCGAUGAGCAGAGAUUAUGCUAA